CCCGCGUCGUGUUUGUGCGCCGUCUUGGGCCUUCGACCACCACCUGAGAUAGCCAUGGCGGUGCCCAACGGACGCAUGCGACUGACCGUCGAAGUUCUCGCCCUUGCCAGUGAGAAUGCCCACGGCCCCAACCGCGCUGCCGCGUUGGCAGACUUCAAGGGACGCAAAUUCGCGUUGCCAGUCCAGAUAGACCACACAUUCGAGCAAGUCUGGAAGGAGAUUGAAGAGCGCUACAAGAAGAAUUAUCUGAGCCAGUUGCAAGCAGCUAAUUUCACCAUUAAGAAGCUACAAGAUGCGUACGAUUGUGAUCUUGACCUGAGAGACACAGUCGGAGAAAUCUUUGAAGGCGAGACCGACCCUCAAAAGCGCAUGAUCAAGGUCGUCCCAAGCUUUGUCAAUCGCGACUUUUCUAUGCCCCCGACCUCCUUCCUCCGGCCAGCACACACGCAGAAACGCGCGAGGGAAGCAAGCGUAGCCACCGCUAGCAAGAGACGGCGACUUGAAGGGGAUAUCGAUUUGCUAGAAGAGGAAAUCUCUCGCGACGAACCUAUAAUAUCUACUGAGUUGACGCGCAAUGGUAGCGUGCGAGCAAGGUCAAACUCGCGGCUUGUGCAAAGCAACGAGCAGGAGAGUAGAUCACGAUCCGGGAGCUCAUUGAUAUUUGUUCAAAAUGCGCAAACAGGCGAAGAAGAGUAUGGGGCCCGAACGGUAAAAGAAGAGUCGCCUGAACUUGGUCCAGCCCCUCCUCAAGCACCACCACCACCAGAAAGCAAUGGGGGGUUCAAAAAACCCAUGUUACCGGCAUCCAAAACAAAACUGCCGCUUGCCAAAACCGUUAAUGCGCGUUCGAAUCCAGAGAAAGAGACUGAGGGAGACGGGCACCCACCAAGGAAUACAGGGACAUCUCCUCGGGAUACUUCUGCAGAUGCCAUCUCGGAGAAUGCAGAUACGCCUAUGAACAUGGAUUCCCCACUCUCACCAGUGCCUAACGCCCACCAAGAGACAAUCCGCGAGUCUCCGGAGUCCACUCCUGAUUCAAGCGAUAUUCACGAACCUCAAGAGUCUGGUUCUCAGCGCAACAUCGCUAGAGAGGAGAGUGAGGCGCCGUUUUUGCAACAGAAAACCAAACCUGCUCCACGCGUAACUUAUGGUACUCGUGCGAAAGCCUCCUCGGAUAUCUCGCCGUUUGCAAAACGGGCCGCUCAGAUGCUGAAUGGCUCUCGCACUCAACCAACUACCCUGGCUGCCGCAAGGCGCAAGACGCAGACUCCUGAUAGCCCCGCGGAGACCGUCAAAACCACACAAACUCCUCAACGGAAACUAACCGGGACCGCCAAGACCAGAAUGAUGCGGCCAUCUGACGACACGUCUACACCUACGUUGGAGGGAAAGUCUACUCGUCUCCAAGGGACUCGUGCGACCCCGAAUCGAGAAGCUAUUCAACGCGUGAAGUCUACCGGCCAGCGUAAUGAAACAGAAUCGCCCAUUCCAACCGACACAACGAGGGAUCGUACACAAACGUCGUCUCCAUUUGCUAAAUCAAACAUGAUGGGAUCACCGUUGAUAAGACGCUCUUCGCCAAAAGUUGUCAUCAACGUCCGUUCCCCCCCAGUUCGAACUGAAACAGCACUCGGUGAUGUAAGUAUAGUACAUGGAAAUUUGGAAUCUACUCCUCAGGAGCGUGAACUCGUUACUCAAGAAACUCCCUCACACAAAGUUAUCGCAAGUGCCAAAGAGCAGUCAACAACCUCGAAAAGGACACCAGUGCCGUUCCCCCCAAACGUGCGGCAUCUUUCGAUGAACGGAACGCCUCAACCCACCGAAACGCCUACAACUAAGAAACCUCGGGCGCUUAAGAAAGCGGCCAAUAUCACCGCGAAACCCUUACCAGGGACUAAGAAGUCGAAAGCCCAGGCAGUCGUGGAUGAAGUGCAAGUGCCAUCAACUAAUGGAAAUGGAUCUCAUGGUGUAUCGCCCCCUGAAUUAACAAACUCGAUAUCAGAAGUGUCGGGCAGUGGAUCGCCACCUGAAAAUGAGUCGUUGCCUACGCCUGAGCCAAAAAGUCAGCCAAAAAGGACGCCUAUACCUCUACCAAUGAAUGUCAGACACCUCCAUGUCGUAAACAGAUCGCCAGAGAACAAUGAAAAUCCAACAGAAGAGUCACCUUCAUCCCAAUACUUAUCGCCAGUUCUAACCAAGCGCGUUACACCUGCCUCAACAGCUGUAUAUGACCCACCAUCUCAAGCGGAUAAGGAUCUUGAAUUCCCAAAGGUGGAAAAACUUACCAAGACUUCUAAAUCAACUGGAGCGAGCAAUACAAAGAAUGGUGCAGCCUCAUCCAGCGAGGAAUAUUCGUCAACCGAUUCUGGACCGAGGCGGCGAAACGGGAUAACCCGGCUUGAAGGUGUGAAGGUACCUGGCACACGACCUACAAAGGAACUUCACAGACUUGUGAUGAAAAAGAUGUUUCCUGGGGGUCCAGAGAUGCUUAGACGAAGACAGGACUUAACCCGCCAGGAGUUCGGGAAGAGGCCUCCUGACCCAGUGAGAGACUUUGAAUCGGACUUCGCGGACGAUACCAAUUCAGAGACGGACGUCUCUCCAGCAUUGCCAAGCACACUCCCUGGAAAUAAUGAUGCUGAGGAUAUUGUCAUGGAAUCACCAACGACCCACGAAACUAAUGAGUAUCGGAACCAAUCAUCCGAUGCAGCUAACGAACAAAUCAUGCAAGAAGCCUCUAGGAUUGCAGCAGCAUAUGCUUCCCAAUCAUGGGGUUUUGCUGGACUAGAUUCGUCAAACAACAAUGUGGAGCAAUCUAACGACGAGAUCACUUCCAAACCUAACGAGCAACCUCACAUGGCAUCAGAACAUGGGGACAAUGCCGAGUUGAACCACAGCGUGAACCCACCCGAGGAAAGCAGUGUGCAACAACCUGAUGAGGAUAUGACUUCCAAAUCGCAAGACGAAUCGCCUGUUGAAUCGGAAUCUGGAGACACCACAGAAACCGACAAUAGCAUCGCAGAUAACGAGGAGUCUAAGAACGGCAGCCCCGUGCAAUCGGCGAGGUCUUCCCCUGAUUACUCCCGCCGACCAGCACGCUACUUAAGCCACUCCCCAACUCCAGGGGAGACAGAAAGUGAGAACGAGUCCGUAGCUGCAUCCUCCGGAGCCGAAAACGACGCCACGGAAACCAAGGACAACGACGGGAACGAAUCGACCGACAGCGAUAGCGAUACUGAGACCGACCCCGAUACCGACGAAGACACAGAGAUGCCAGACGCCGACAAGCCCGCACGUCCCCCUCCAUCGACCAACCAUCACCAACCUUCCUCAUCACCACGACUCCCCUCACAACCGAACAUCCUCGUUCCCGCAACCCAACCCCCUCGACCCCAAAGUCUCUCGCAAUCCGCGCCACCUUCCUCCGCCAACCACACCCCAAUUGUGCCAGCCAGCCAACCUACCCCCUCAGCCUUUGGCUCGUCGCAAUCGGUCUCACAAAUGGCAGCAGCACGUCGCUCCACGUACGCGAAAUUCCCGACCCUCAAACAGCAACUACAUGCUGCCAAAACGUCGGCGCCGCCUGCACAGCGGAGCAGGGCUUUUGAUCCCAGGACCGUGAGUCUGGGCAAGCUAGCGGCGGCGAAGAAACAGGGCAAGACGUUUAGUGUCAGCGAUAGCUCGGAUGAUGAUAGCAGUGAGAGUGAGAGCAGCGGGGAUGAGGCGGAUGGCAAGAGGAAGGGACCUAUGUGCUCGGUUGCAUAA